AUGUCGAUCGACCAGCGAAAACGCUUCCUGCGCCAGAUGGCACAACUCGAAGAUAAGGAUAUCGAGCGCCUGAACACUGUCAUGAAGCGCAUCGUCGAUCUACCCGACGAUACUUCGAAGAGGACUGAACGGCUUCGCGAAGUCGCGGUACGGUUUUGGUUCCGCUUCGAGCGACGCGACAAGCUCGACAACCUAAGGGACGCCAUCAUCUUGGAGAAACAUGCCCUUGGACUCACCCCCGACGAUGACCUCGAGAUGCCCGAGCGACUGGGGAACCUGGCCAUCUCCUUGCACACUCGCUUCGAACGGCUCGGCGAGCUUCGAGACGUCGAGGAAGCGAUCACUGCAGAAACGCUCGCUCUCGAGCUCACGCCUGAAGAUCAUAGCGAGUGGCCCGAACGACUCGGGAACCUCGCCAUCUCUCUGUGUAGCCGCUUCGUGCGCCUCGGCGAGCUGCAAGAUCUCGAAGAUGCCAUUGCCGCACAACGAGUAGUGCUUGAUCUCACGCCCGCCGACGAUUCCGAGCGACCCGAACGGCUCGGGGAGCUCGCUGUCUCCUUGUACAACCGUUAUGAACGUUUGGGAGAACUAAAGGAUCUCGAAGAUACCAUUGCUGCGCACAAACUGGCUCUUGAUCUUACGCUCGAUGACCAGGCCGAGCGGCCCGAAAGACUGGGCAAUCUCGCCGUCUCUCUACACGCCCGCUUCGGCCAUCUCGGCGAGCUGAAAGAUCUAGAUGAUGCCAUCUCCGCGCAGAGACUGGUCCUCGAUCUCACCCCCGAGCGCCAUUCUGAGCGACGCGAUCGGCUCGGAGGCCUCGCAAGCUCUCUACACACUCGCUUCCAACGUCUUGGGGAGUUGAAGGAUCUUGAAGAUGCCAUCACCGCACAAAGAGACGUUCUUGAUCUCACGCCCAAGGACCAUCCCGAAUGGCCCGAGCAGCUCAGAGACCUCGCCAUCUUUCUGCACGCCCGCUUCCAACGUCUCGGCGAGCUUCAGGACCUUGAAGAUGCGAUUAGUAGAGAGAGGCUCGCUCUCGAGCGCACGCCAGAGGAUCAUUCGGGGCGGCCCGAGCGGUUGGGAACGCUCGCAGGGUCUCUACAUGCUCGCUUCACCCGUCUUGGCGAGAUCAAAGACCUCGAGGACGCCAUUACCACCCAGAGACUGGCGCUAGAGCUCACACCCGACGACCACUCGAAGCGCCCCGAUCGGUUAAGAGAGCUCGCCACCUCUCUCCUCACCCGCUUCCAACGUUUAGCGGAGACGAACGACCUCGAGGAUAGUAUAGCCGCACGGAUGCUGGUACUUGAACUCACACCCGAUGACCAUCAUGAGCGUCACGAUCGGCUCAGAGACUUGGCGGUCUCCCUGCACGCUCGCUUUGUACGCUGCGGCGAUCUGAAGGAUCUCGAAGAUGCCAUCGCCGCUCAAAGGCUGAUUCUCGAGCUUACACCUGAGGACCAUGUCGAGCGACUUGUUCGGCUUAGAGACCUCUCCAGGAGUCUACACGCUCGGUUCAACCGUCUCGAGGAGCUGAAAGACCUUGAAGAGGUAAUCGAUACACAGAGAAUGAUUCUUUCUCUCACUCCCGAAGAUCAUCCGGACUGGCCCGAUCGGGUCGGAGACCUCGCCGUGUCUUUGUACACUCGCUUCCUGCGUCUCGACGAGCUUGAAGAUCUCGAGGACGCCGUCGCCGCACAAAGAACUGUUCUUGAUAGAACACCAGAGGACCAUUACAAGCGGCCGAAGCGGCUCACGGAACUUGCUAUCUUCCUGCGCAACCGGUUCAGUCGGCUGGAUAAGCUAGACGACCUCGAAGCUGCCAUCGCCACACAGCAACUGGCACUGAGCCUCACGCCUGACAACCAUUCCGAGCGACCCGAUCGGCUUGCAGUACUCGCCAACUCUCUGUACGUCCGCUACAUGCGUCUCGGCAAGGACCUGAAGGAUCUUGAGGACGCCAUCAGCGCGCAAAGGCUAGUUCUUGAUCUCACACCCGCAGACCAUCCCACGCGGCCUGAACGGCUUAGAGUGCUCGCUGUCACUCUGCGUGCUCGCCACUGGCAUCUCGCAGAGCGCAAAGAUCUUGACGAAUCCAAUGCCAUUGAGACCCUAGUCCUUGCUCUCACCCCCGAGGGCCAUCCGGACUUGGUCGACCGACUGUAUGAUAUCGGUCAGUCGAUGAAGGUAUCACUGGAACAGACGUCCAAGUACUCGCAGACACAUAGGAAAGUCAAUCAAGACGAUUUUAUGGCUGCCUUCGGAUGCUUUCUGAAAGCGAUGACCGUCUCGGGGAACCCGUCCAGACGGUUUGACGCUGCACUACAAUGUCUAUCGCUCCUGUCCGAAUACCCUGACUUCAGCUCCGACGAACUGUUGCUUGAGGUGUACACACGGAUCAAGGAGAUCAUCCCCGAACUCGUAUGGCUUGGGCACAGCAUCAAACGCCGCUACGGAGAGUCCGCGAAGAUAAGGGAUGUCGUGAAUGGUGCUAUAGCCGUGUUGGUUCGGUCACACUCUGCUACCGAAGCAAUCGAAUGGAUGGAAGUCGGGAGGUCUCUCGUUUGGUCGCAAAUCACUACUCUACGCGAUCCCUUGAUUGCGUUGAGCGGAAAACGUUCCGGAUUGGUGAGAGAACUUCGUGAAGUCUCGAUGGCGUUGCAGAGCACAAGAAACGGAGUGCAGCGUACGUUUCCGGACGUUCAUGGCCCUAGCGACAACAUGGAUAUAAACGGGACAGCCUUUUCAAGCAUGACUGUUGAGACUGCGGCAGACAAACACCGAAAGCUUGCGGCACGUUAUGACGAUAUACUGAAGAGGAUUCGAGAGCAAGAGGGCUUCGAGGACUUCCUGUGUCCACUGAGCGUCACCGGAAGCAUGCCCUCCAUCAAACGACUUCACGGACCGGUUGUAUUCAUCAACGUGCACUCGACUUCGUGCGACGCCCUGGCUCUACUCCCGAGUGGCGACGUCAGACAUAUACCUCUUCCCGGGCUGACUGCGACCAGGGCGGAUAGCCUGCGCUCUGCCUGGACACGGAUGCUACAAUCGGCCCAUGUGCGCACGCGCGCUGCAGUGAUGCCCUGGCACGCGAGGGCGGGUGAUCGUCACAGUACAUUGUUGGAGCGUGUGCUACAUAAGCUCUGGCUUUGGCUCGUGUGUCCAGUUCUGCAAGAUCUAGACCUCAUGGGGAGCACCAACGCUACAGGACGCCCAUUGCCGCACAUCACUUGGUGCCCUACAGGGCCGCUGAUGCAGCUACCGCUUCACGCCGCCGGCGUGUACGCCCCGGAUGCUUCGCGCGAUGCAAAGCCGCAGCGCGCCUUCGACUUCGUAGUCUCGUCCUACAUCCCAUCGCUUUCUGCUCUCCUACGUACGCGCGAGAGUGCGAGAGCGGAAUCGUCCACUCCCGAAACGCUCGUGAUCUGUCAACCGGCCACUCCCAACCAUUCGCCGUUACCUGGCACACAACACGAGCAUGCGCGUAUCAGCGCAGUUCUACCUGCGCCCACAAUCACCCUCUUGAACGACAAAGACGCAACUGUAGACCGCGCCAUCUCCGAGAUGCGCAGCAACACCUGGGUCCAUCUCGCCUGCCACGGUUUCCAAGACCCAAAGGAUCCCACGCAGAGCGCGUUCGCGCUGAUCGACGGGCCGCUCACUCUAUCAACAUUGAUGAGCGAAGUGGCAGAGAACGCGGAGUUCGCGUUCCUGUCCGCCUGUCAGACCGCGGUCGGCGAUGAGAAGGUGCCGGAGGAGUCGGCGCAUCUUGCGGCGGGGAUGCUCGCGGUUGGGUUCAAAGGUGUUAUCGCGACGAUGUGGUCGAUCGGCGACGCGGACGCGCCUAUCGUCGUAGAGGCGUAUUACAAGAAGCUUCUUGAGCUUCGCGGCACAAGCGCCACCUCAGAUGGGUAUACGGGCGCCGCGUACGCGCUUCACGAGGCGGUGAGGGUCUUGAGGGAGCAUGUCGGCGAGCGCAACUUUGUGAGGUGGGCGCCGUUUGUGCAUUUCGGGGUGUAG